AUGUAUGUACUUACUUACUUACUUACUUACUUACUUACCUGGGUACUCCAAAAUACAUAGGAGCUUUCAAAUUCUAACACCAGAGUCCGUUACUUUUGUUAAUAAUAAGAUCAAUAAGGUGGCGGAACUUAAAUGUUCUGUGUUUAAAUAUCAAUCAUCGUGUUCAGUGUUUGUAAAUGAAGGUUUUGCUCGAAGACAUUUUAUUUAUUUGUAACAUAUUUAAUGUAUCGCUACGUGUGCGUGUAAUGUGAAUUAUUAAUCAAGCCAUUUUAUACAACUCUAUUUUUCGUAGGUUAAGAAGAAAUCUCGACAAUAAUAGACAUUAUUUAGUACUCCGAGUUUAUACUUUAUACUUAAAAAAAAAUAUUUUAGGAAAAAUGUCGACUUUGUAUGACCAGAUAAAGCUUCUUUACGAACAGUCUUUAUAUUCGAAUGUUAUUUCGCUCGCAAAUUUAGUAUUGUCGCUCAGUGAGCAUAAUUCUGAUUUACUACCUAUAUAUGGAAAGUUCCAUAUUUACGUUUAUUACGCGGAUGCUCACUUUUACUUGGGAAAAUACAAGCGGGCUGAAGCACUUUAUAAAAAAUCAUUACAAUUUCGCAAAUGUUUAUUAAAAUCUAAAGGUGCUACAAAACCUUUGGAAGGUCAGAAGGAUCUUUUGACAGAUGUCGACAUCAAAUUUCAAAUUCAUUUGUGUUUAUUAAAAUUAAAAAAUUCUCAAGAAGCGUUCCAAGUGCUGCAAAGCAUUCCUGGUAAACAGAGAACUCCAAAGGUAAAUAUGGCUCUGGCAAAAAUGUUCCAAGAACAAGAAAUGGAACGCUCUGCGAUUACAACUUAUAAAGAAGUUUUAAGGGAAUGUCCAUUGGCCUUGGAAGCUGCGGAAGGUCUGCUUUCUCUUGGAGUAAAAGGAAUCGAAGUGAAUUCAUUAAUUGUAGGUUGUGCAUCCAGUCUUUCAAAUUUAGACUGGUUGAAUACUUGGAUCAAAGCUCAUGCACAUAUACACAAUAAAGAAUAUACUUACGCUGUAUCGACAUUAAGGUCUUUAGACAAUGUUAAUCUACUAAGAGAUAAUUUCAAUUUAUUGACAACAAUGGGAGAAUGUUACUAUUAUGCCGGAGAUGACAAAAAUGCUUUGUUAUGCUUACGAAGAGCCAGGAUCAUUGAACCGGAUGUUAUGAAAGGGGUUGAUAUUUAUGCAGCAGUAUUAUACAAAACUCAUCAUAUCGAGGAUCUUGAAAGACUGAUACCCAUAAUAACAGGAAGCAAUGAAUGUACCGGAGAAAUAUAUGUUGCGAUGGCGUACUCCCUUUAUGCAGCUGGGAAAUUUAGCAGAGCAAAUACUUUAACAACGCAAGCAUUGAACUUAAAUUCAAGCGAUAUAGAAGCAAUAAUACUUAGAGGAAAUAUUCUUAUUGGGCAGAAGAAGUACAGAGAAGCAAUAUUCUACUUUAGACAUGCCGUACAACUGAAAUCGUAUCGUUAUGAACCUCAUAAAGGAUUAGUAGAUUGCCUUGUUGGACAGCACAGAUUACGAGAAGCUCUUAAUAUUGCAAGUGGAUCUUGCAAACAGCUUGGACAUACUGCAAGAGUUCUCACGCUUUAUGCUUCCGUACUUAUGAAAGAUCCAGUUUCUGUUGGUAAAGCAAAGAAUCUCUUGGAAAAGGCAUUAUUACAAGAUGAAGUUUAUUUACCUGCUGUUUAUUUAUUGGCUGAAAUAUAUGAACAAGAAAUGAACUUGGAAGCUGCAAUCGCAUUACUCGAAAGACAGGUGGAAAUUCAAUCAACGUGCAAAUUGCAUCAAAUGCUUGGAGAUCUUUGGGCAAGAGUUCAUAACGAGGAGAAAGCUUUGGAUCACUAUGCCAUUGCUUUAAAUCUAGAUCCCAACAAUAGAAGAGCAUUGGAAGGUAUGCACAGACUAGACAACUCUUCGAAUAAGCUAGAUUCAGCUUAUUACAUGGCUGUGGGUGAGGAACAAACAGAUACAACUUACGAUGCCGGCGAUGGCUUACCGGAUACUGAUAAUGAUGAGGCGCCUGAUGAAAGUGAAACCGAAGCCGUAUGGUCCGAUGUGGAUCUCGAGGCAAAUAGUCAAUAAUAUGAAAAUAUUUGUUAAAGAAUUACGUUUCAAUAUAAUUAAAUCAACAUUGUAUAAUAAUUAACUUUUAUUUCAUAUAAAUA